AUGACAGAACUUGACACUCGGCUGAGCAAGCUGUUACAAGGUAGAAAAGAGAAGAAUCGAUAUAGGUCGUUGAAGGAGUACGAUACAUCGUCUAGUUCAGCUUUAGUCGAUUUUUCAUCCAACGAUUACUUGUCCCUAACUUCCUCUACACCCCUUCGUGAAUCAUUCCUCGCUAGAUUGGCAUCAACGCCUUCGAUAUUUGGUUCGACAGGAUCUCGUUUACUCAGCGGAUGUACUUCUUCCCAUUCAUCACUUGAAAAACGCUUCGAAGAAUUCUUCAACUCCCCUUCAGCGUUAUUGUUCAACUCAGGAUGGGAUGCGAAUGUAUCCUUCUUCGCCACCGUUCCUCAACCCAACGAUUGGGUUAUUUACGAUGAAUUGGUACAUGCAAGUGUCCAUUCUGGUUUAAGAUCAUCCAGAGUUCCUGUGGAAAGAAGGAUUCCUUUCAAUCAUAAUGAUCCAGAAUCAAUCGAAAUUGUUUUGAGAGGCAUAACGAAAGAAGGUAGUUCAAAUGAUAAAUCAACUGUUUUCUUCGCUAUGGAAUCGCUUUAUUCUAUGGAUGGGGAUUUCUCUCCUUUACCUUCAUUACUAGAUGUUAUAGAACGAUAUAUACCUAGAGAAAGACAGUGUGUGGUAUUGGAUGAAGCUCAUUCGACGGGCGUAUACGGUGAUAAUGGGAGAGGUAUAGGUUAUGCUUUAGGUGAAGAAGGUGGAUUUGACAUUGGUGAUCGCAGGAAAAGAGGGAAAGGAAGGAUUGACGUCAGAUUGAUGACUUUUGGAAAAGCCGUUGGAUGCUCAGGUGCCGUUUUACUGUGCUCCCCGACAGUUCGAUCAUUCUUAAUCAAUUUCGCUAGACCACUCAUCUUCUCUACUGCUUUACCUCAUUCAACAAUCAUAUCCCUAGAAUGUGUGUGGGAUGUCUUACAAAGUGAAGAGGGUGAUCAGCGACGACAAAAUCUCAUGAGCAUAUCAACAUACAUACAUACUCUUCUAGAACAACUACUAUCACGUACCCCUUCUGACAUAUUACAUUUACCGCCUGAUCCAAUCAUACCUUUCGCCACAUCACCGUCCAGCUCUUUACCUACAAAACCCGGCUCGCCGAUAUUGGGUCUUCUCACGCCCUCACCUCAUGCCCUAUCGACUUUCUUGCUUGAGAAAGGAUUCAUAGUGAGACCCGUCGUACCGCCAACCGUUCCCCCUGGAGGGGAAAGGGUGAGGAUAUGCCUUCGAGCUGGUAUGACGAAGGAAGUAAUAGAUGGUCUGGUGGUUGCUCUAGGUGACUGGGUAGAUAUCAGGUUAGCUGCGAAGAACGAGGUCAGAGCGAAGUUGUAG